AGUCAAGAGUCAGAGUCAGAGUCAGAGUCAGAGUCAUGGGCGCUCAGAGUCAGAGUCAAUUGGCUCACGCUACGGCCUUAUAAAAGAAGCAUACAUUGAACAGUGAACGUGACAUUGAAGGAGGCCCUGGUUCUCGCUUGACCGAGUUUGGUAGCCCAUGAGUGGGUGCAAUUUAGUAAAAGGGGAGGGCUGUGGAUCACUGCGGUGACUUGAGGGUACAUACGAAUGUUUCCUCUUCAAAUACGCUUGCGACCAGCUCAGCGCGGCUGCCUUGAAUGUAGUAAGAUGACAACUUCACAAGGAGAGGAAGAGCAGCGACGGAGGAUCUUGCAAUUGACUCACUGCUAGCAUCACUUCAGCUGUCGCUGAGAUUUCGCGGGCCACAUGGCACGCACAGUGACUUACGUGCAGUUUGCCCUUGCUCUGGCGCUAUUCAUGUUUGCAUUGGUGCAGUUUGAGCUGUGGAACUUGAAGAGCAGCAAUGUGGGACAGGCUUCUGUGGGACGGAAACUGAAGGCUCAGAUACGACUUCCUGACAGCAAACUAACUCCAGAGCCUAACAAGUUGAAAGCGUUGGAAAAGGAGGCGCCAAUCGCGGCGGUGGUGGUAGUAGCCUGCAACAGGCCUGACUACUUGGAGAGGACAAUCCAGGGGAUCUUGAAAUUUCAUACAUCGAGUAGCAAGUUCCCGUUGUUCAUUUCACAGGAUGGGACAAACGCCGAAGUCAAGGCAGUCGCGCAAAAAUACGCACACUUUGAGCAUUUUCAGCAUAUAGAGUCACAACCGCCGCAGAUGGAGGCGGGACACCCGCAGUCCUGGCUCUCGUACUACAGAAUAGCAGACCACUACAAGUACGUGUUUACGAGGAUCUUCGAGGAGCGCAAGUUCCAGCGAAUCAUCAUCCUCGAAGAUGAUAUGGAGGUCGCGGUCGACUUUUUCGACUACUUUGAGGCGUUGGCGCCAAUUCUGGACAGGGACGAAUCGCUCUACGCGGUCUCGUCGUGGAACGACAACGGGCAAAAACAGUUCGUACAUGACCCAGAGGCCGUCUACCGGUCGGACUUCUUCCCCGGGUUGGGCUGGAUGAUGCCCCGGCGCAUGUGGGCGGAGCUGGGCCCCAAGUGGCCCAAGGCGUUCUGGGACGACUGGAUGCGCCUCAAGGACGUCCGAAACGGACGGCAGACCAUCUUCCCCGAGAUCUGCCGCAACUACAACUUCGGGGAGCACGGCUCCAGUUUAGGGCAGUAUUUCGAGCAGUACCUUCGUCCCAUCCGGUUAAACACGGAGCCCGUGGACUGGAGCCAGAAAGACCUCACAUAUCUAGAACGGGACCGGUAUCCCGCAUUCUUCGAGCGGCUGACGUCAGCGGCCACCGUCAUCCCGGCGGAUCGGGCGGGGGCGGCGGCCGCAGCGGAAGCGGGGGACGUGUUGGUCGAGUACGACGGGGAGAGCGAGCCGGCGUUCAAAGACGUGGCGCGGCACUUUGGGAUAUUCGAGGACUGGAAGGAUGGAGUUCCCCGGACGGCUUUCCAAGGAGCCGUGACGUUUCGACUUGGUGGGCCAAGAAGGGUCAUCAUCGCUCCGAGGAAAAGCAGCUAGCGGGUUCAUCCUAAAAUGUCUCUCUUUGGCGCUUAUUUUGAUGCCCUAACAGACUGGAUCUCAAAAAAAUCCCAGCGAGUCCCUGACCUGAAAUUUUCAUGAUGCUGCCCCAAUCAUUC